AUGGCUGGGGGCGCACUAGACUUCACAGAGUACGACCUGGAUCAGUGGGAAAAUGCAGUGAGUGAUGAUGAGUCAGCGGAGUUUGCCCGUAUCCAGGAGGAGCGCCAAAGACGAAGAACCGCAAGUCAGGCUUUAGAGCCAAUCUGGAAUGCAGCCGAAAGUGGCAACCUCGAGAUCUUGAGCGCACUUGGUGUUGGAAGCCCACGGGUCAAUGCCAAAGAUAUGGACGGGUUUACUCCUGCGGCACAUGCUGUGUUUGCAGGUCAACUGGAGGCUUUUAAGCUCCUGGUCAGUAAGGGCGCCAACUUGCUUGCAGGAGACACGUUUGAAGGCAGCCCGCUUAAAACCGUAAUUCGCUUUUGCGUUGAAGAGGUUUAUGUCCCUCAUGCUGCAGAUCCGCAUGCGUUCUUGGCAGCCACACCUCCAGAAUACCUCACAUACUGUCUAGUCGGUAGCGGUCUGGCUGCGUCCCACGAGUUCGCGCUGAAAGAAAGCAGGUUGAAGGGGCUCACCAUGGUUGUGCAAAUGGCAGGGCCAGGGUGCAUAAACAUGCCCUGCAGGUACAAACAGAAGACACCUGUGCAUUACGCUGCCGCUGCGAAAAAUACAGCUGCAUUGCGGUUCUUGAUUGAUGCUUGGGCAGACCUCUCUGCGAAAGACAAGGAGGGAAAGACGGCACUGCAAUGCGCGCAAGGGGCUGCAGUGGCGUUGCUGCACGGGGCCGCCAGGGAACGACGUCUCUCUGUACUGAAGCCCUUGGUGUUGUAUCAUCAUCAGUCUCCAAGCAGCCCACAUGGUCAAGAAGCAUGCACGCGACGUGCAUACUUAAAGCCGGGUCUGGGUGGUCAGGUUCGCGAAGGCAUUGAGAUCUGGACUCAGCUGACAAGUGUUGCUGGCUCGCGAGUGUUGGAGUUUCUCCUGGGUGGUCCAGUUUGCAUAAAGCAGACGUGGUUGCACAAACAUUUUGUGGAAGUGGCAACCCUGACGCAUGAAGUCUCCCUGCUGCAAUCUCGAGUUCGAGACUUGGAGCAAUCCUUGGCGCGCGAGCAGGAGACUUGUGCUCGUUUCAAGAUGUUGCUUUCUACCUCAGGUAUGGACACUGCAGGACGCAGUCGCCAACUGAACUGCUGGAACUGCUGGGCUUUCUGCAGGUAA